AAUUGUUUGUUUGCAUGGAUCCCUAAAGUGACAAUAGGUACAAAUACAUACAGGAGGAUGGAUGCAAAGCCGCAGCAGUGGACAUCUGGACUUAGAUUAUCCAAGAAGGCUCAAUGGUACAUUGAGGCUGUCAACUGAAAUAUCACAGAAGAAUAUUGCACAGAACAACAGACCCUGUAAUGAGAUUAGGAUAAAUACGUUGGCUUUGCUCUUUCCAGUUCAGGUGAGAGGGAGAAGUACUCGAACUAGAGAAGAACAAGAUUUGCUCUGCACCUGGGGAGCAUUUAACAGCUGGAGAUGCUGCAAAGGGAAGGGACCUUACUGCACACUGGAUUGGUGUCCAUCUUGUCGCUGUGUCAUCUGAUUGUAUCCAUUGAAGUCCCUCUCGAUCCAAGCCUUCAGAGAGAGUUGGCCCAGCCUCCAACCAUCACCAAGCAGUCUCCAAAAGAUUACAUCGUAGAUCCACGGGAUAACGUAGUUAUCGACUGCGAAGGGAAGGGGAACCCAAUUCCUGCCUUCUCGUGGACUCGCAAUGGAAAGUUCUUCAACGUUGCCAAAGAUUCCAGAGUAUCGAUGAGAUCCCGGUCGGGGACCCUCACAAUGGACUUCCGUUACAGUGGCCGAGCGGAGGAUUAUGAGGGGGAGUAUCAGUGCUCGGCCAGGAAUGACUAUGGGACUGCACUCUCCCAUAAAAUAGUCCUUCGAGUCUCCAAGGCCCCCCUGUGGAGGAAGGAGGUCCUGGAGCCUUUUGUGGUUCAGGAAGGAGCACCGGUGAUUCUUCCCUGCCAACCCCCUGCCGGACUCCCCCCUCCUGUCAUCUUCUGGAUGGACAGCUUGAUGGAGUCGAUCCCUCAAGAUAAGCGUGUGUCUCAGGGCCUGAACGGCGACCUCUACUUCUCCAAUGUGGUGCGUAGCGACGCUCGCUUUGACUACAUCUGUAACGCUCGGUUCCUCUUCACACACACCAUCCAGCAAAAAAACCCCAUCACUAUCAAGGUGAUGACCAUGGAUACCAAUUAUGAAUCAGUGCCAACUAUUCUGAAUGAAACUGGUGCUCGACCGGUCACAGAGCAGAUCCCAAGGUUCAUGUCACCAGCGGGGACGUCCAGCAGCAGAAUCAUUCUACGAGGAGAAGACCUUUUACUGGAAUGCAUUGCAUCAGGAGUGCCCACACCGGAUAUUAUUUGGUACAAGAAAGGUGGGGAACUUCCGUGGCCAAAGGUACGAAUUGAAAACUACAACAAGACAUUGAGGAUCUCUGACGUCUCUGAAGAAAACUCGGGCGAGUAUUUUUGCCUGGCUUCCAAUAAAAUGGGAAGCAUUAGGCACACCAUCACAGUGAGAGUGAAAGCUUCUCCUUAUUGGUUGAAUAAGCCCCAGAACUUGGUGCUGGCUCCUGGGGAAUAUGGCAGAUUGAUGUGUCAAGCCAAUGGGAACCCCAAGCCUGACAUCCAGUGGCUGGUGAAUGGUGAACCCAUAGAAAAGGUGCGACAGAGUCCAAGCCGUGAAAUUGAUGGCGAUACGAUUAUUUUCCGAGAAGCACAGAUUGGGAGCAGCGCCGUGUACCAGUGCAACGCCUCCAACGAGCAUGGUUACUUACUGGCCAAUGCAUUUGUCAGCAUCCUUGAUGUUCAACCAAGAAUACUGUCCCGACGGAACCAAAUUGUCAAAGUGAUAGAAAAUAACCGGACAAAGCUUGAGUGUCGGUUCUUUGGUUCACCAAUCCCCACCCUGCGAUGGUUUAAGGAUGGGCAGGGCAAUAAUCUUUAUGGAGGAAACUACAUCAUCCGCGACAACGGGACUUUAGAAUUGCGCCGAGCUCGGAAGGCCGAUGAGGGAACCUACACGUGUAUAGCAACCAACUUACUAGGCAAGGCCGAGAACCGGGUGCGGCUGGAGGUCAAAGACCCUACAAGGAUUAUACGGGCCCCGGAGUCCAUUACUGUUAAGAGGUCACUUGCUGCGAAAUUUGAAUGUAAAGUGAGACACGAUCCAACAAUAAGACUGACAGUUACCUGGCUGAAAGAUGACAAAGUUCUGUCCUUACCGUGGAGGAUGAAGAAAGAUGAGGAUUCUUUAACAAUCAUCAAUGUGUCUGAGCGAGACGAGGGGAUUUACACGUGUGUAGCCAGUACAGAACUGGACAGUGACUCAGCCAAGGCACGUCUCACUGUUCUAGUUGUCCCUUCCACCCAAAUUACCCCGCUUGCUGCUGUACUGAAAGAUCGCCCUGAACCUCCCCGAGAUCUGGAACUAACGGACCCAACAGAUCGGAGUAUAAGGUUGACGUGGAUUCCUGGUGAUGACAAUAACAGUCCAAUCACAGAGUUCAUUGUGCAGUUCGAAGAAAACAAGUUUCAGCCCAGAAAGUGGCAUAAUUUGACCAGAAUUCCGGGCAAUAUCAACUCUGCAGUAUUACGGCUCUCUCCCUAUGUUAACUAUCAGUUCCGGGUGAUUGCUGUGAAUGAAGUUGGUGAAGGUGCCCCCAGUUUGCCUUCCGAACGUUAUCAGACAACUGGAACAGCUCCCGAGAUCAAUCCGACUGAUGUUAGAGGGGCAGGAAUAUCAAGAUCCAGCAUGGAGAUCAGAUGGACGCCUCUGAAUGGCACACAAAUCAGCGGACCAAAUCUCAAGUACAUAGUCAGCUGGAGGCAAAGAGAUGUGGGUGGGGAAUGGUCGACCGUCACGGUCACUAGGCCUAGUUACGUCGUCUCACCGACACCCUUCUUUACGCCCUAUGAGAUUAAAGUGCAGGCGAUCAAUGAUUUCGGAGCAGGUCCUGAGCCAAGAAUUGUAAUUGGAUACUCGGGUGAAGACUAUCCCAGUGCAGCACCCACCAGUCUUUCUGGAAGGAUUAUUAACAGCACUGCCAUUCUACUCCAAUGGAGAUCAUUGCCACCGGAUACUGUUCAGGGAUAUCUCACUGGCUACAGAAUUCGGUAUUGGAAUGAGGGAAGCCUGCUGAAGACUAGUCGGUACAGGUCACAUGUUAAGUUCAUGGAGUCCCCCGGACAACGUCCGCGUGCCAUUGUAUCGGGCCUACAACCAUACCACACCUAUAAGCUGCAGGUAGCGGCAGUCAACGGCAGAGGUCCCGGUGCCUGGAGUGAAGAGUUUGCAAUAAACACCACCGAAGGAGUGCCAGGGAGACCAGGCUCUCUAAGGAUCCGGCAACCAGACCUGGAAAGUAUUACGUUGCAAUGGACUCAUCCACGUGAUCCAAAUGGAAUCAUCACCGGCUAUGUGAUAAUGUACCACCCAUUGACUGGCUCCCGGGCAAGACGCAAUUCCACGAUUCCCAGACUUGGGCCUGAGGUAACCACGUACAAAUUGGAGAGAGUUGACGCAAACACCAAGUACAGGUUUUACGUCUUCGCUCAAACCCGCCAAGGGCUUGGAGAAGCAAUCGUAUUGGACUCACCUGACUUUGAAAAUGAAGUCGUGUCAAGAUUUGUGCCCGUGCCAACCAUUCCUGCCACCACCAUCACCACCAACACCACCACAGCAACGACCAGCGCCGCUCCCCCAACUAUCACCAUCACUGAGUCCGCCCAGCCGGCUGUCACAGGCACCCAUGUUUAUGUGGAAGCUCUUGGUACGAUAUGGAAUCUCACUACGUCAGCGGGCAAUGACUCCGUCAAUAUCACAUGGAGUCACAGCUUCCAGAGGGAACUGGCGGAGUUUACGGUUGAAUACAUUCACAGUAACGGUUCGGUGAAACAGGCACAUGUAAAGGCGGGUCAGAACGCUGUCCAGCUCCAGGGCCUAACACCUGGGACCCUGUACAAAGUCAGAGUGUUUUCCACCCUGUUCCAAACAGUUACCAGCAAGACCAUUACCAUUGAGACCAGCCCAGCUUACACUAAUAGUCAUGUAGACAUCGCCACACAGGGCUGGUUUAUCGGCUUGAUGUGUGCUGUGGCGCUCCUGGUGCUGAUCCUGCUGAUCGUAUGCUUCAUAAAGAGGAGCCGGGGAGGCAAGUACCCAGUUAAGACCACGGAAGAAAACCGGCCCUCACAAGAUGACAACGGAUACUUAUCUCUGGAAAGUGACAAUGAAGACAGCAAAAAGCCUCAAGGAAGUCAGUCUUCAGUGGACGGGACAGUGAAGCAAGAGGAGAGCGAUGACAGCAUAGUCAUUUACGGUGAUGGUGAUGGGAAUUCACGCUUUGGCGAGGAUGGUUCCUUCAUUGGUCAGUACACAGUCAAAAAGGACAAAGAGGAGACCGAGGGUAAUGACAGCUCUGAGGCUACGUCUCCAGUCAAUCCUGCCUAUUCCUUGGCACAAAUGUGAAAAAAUAGACAAAACCCAACAAUCGGAGCGUAUGGGCACAGGUGCUACCAAGACAGUAACUACAUUUGAUUUAUCCACCAAUAUCCGUGCAUAUGGAAAACAAAUACAAAGUGUGAUUGUCCAAAUUUGAGAGGCCAAGUGGCGAAGGAGACGAGGUGAUGCGUGAAGGAAAGAGGGAUUAAAAAGAGGCAAGAUAGAAGGUAGAACGGUUUGUCAGGCUUUAGAGAAACAUAGCUGUAAUCUCCCAAACCACCGUGCAUUGCUGAUGUGCUCAAUAACCUAUUUCUCAAGAGUAAGAAAAAGUCUGGAAAUUGCUAUUUUUCUCCCCAUCCAUUUUAGAUUGCAAGUGACACAAUUCUGGGGUAAUUUCUAACAUUGUGUAUAGAUGAUGCUAUCUAGGGCUUCCUCAUACUCCAAUCGCAGGCUCUGCCCAUGUGCUCUAGAUAUCACCAGGCCACAGCUCAGCACUGGACAAACAUGAUUAGAAGAUUUUUUAUCAUUAUGCUUUGUUUUCGAACAGUACUUAAUCUAAGAUACAGUUUAACUGAAGAUGAUAUAAGGAGAGAUGUCUCUAUGUUGACCGACGCCUCUCGGGCCUCCCUUAUUUUAGGUUAUAUGCUUCUUAACAUUGAAAGUUGGACAGCUGCAGAGCUGGCCAACAUUGCAGAUAUAUUUGGAGUGGCAAUUAGUCAGAGCAAGGCAAGCUAUUUGUUCACGUGGAGCUGCUUAAGUGUGAUGCAUAUCAAAAUAGAUCAUUUCUUACAGGCACCAUUUGACAGGUCAAGACCUGGGCCAGAGAUUUUGUGGGAAAAAACAAUCGCCUUGAACUCCUUGGCUUUGUGAUCAUUGCACUCUUCUGUCUGUUGAAUAAUUAGUUCUAUUUCUUGCCCUGAUCGCCAAAGCAAAAACAUUCUGGUCUCAUCAUUAGACAAAGUUAUAGAACUCCUCGUCCUGCUGUCCCACUUCAGAAUGAAAUAAGUAAAACAAGAGAGAGGCACCAAAACUGCACAGACAUCUUACAUUAUACCCUUUAAGGUUUACAUGACAGUUCAGUCAAGUGGGAUUCCUCUUAUAGCAACUGCAAAGUUUUCAGUCCCAUUACAAUGGGCUUAUCUGUGGUAAUUUUCCAUUGCUAUCAGAGUAUCAGCCCUCCCCCUCCUCGCCAUUUCCCUUCCACUCAUAUUAACAAAGCCCAGCUUCCCCUAUUCAGUCCUCAAUCCCCAGCAGAUGCAAUUUAUCUGCACCCUUCAGCUAUUCUGGUUAUUGAUCCUCACAUCCCACCUACUCUAAUUAUUAAUCCUACACCUUGUACAUAUUCAAGUUAACCAUUCAUUUUCUGAAAUUAAUGAAACCUUUGAUAUAUAUAUUAAUCACCACUUUCAGUCCUUUCAGGUAAAAACCUCACCUACUGUAACUCAAGUUCUGUAUUUAGUUUGGUUCAAUUUAAAUAGAGGUGGGACAAGAAGGGUUGGGCAACUUAAAUCAUAUUGUAAAUCCAAGAACUCCUAAAUGAAUGAAGGAAUAAUAAUAUCAAGACUACACUGUCUUAAUCUUCAGACUGUGGCCUUUUGUUAAUUUCUGAAUCUCACUUAAUGUGGCACCUUUAGAGAUUUUGAGAAUUAUUUCAGUGCCAAGAUCAGUUGACCUGUUGAAAGUCAAAACUAUAUUUCCUUAUCAUGAAAACAACAAUAUUUAUAUACAUGACAUCCUGCAGAGUUUUUGUAUUUUACUUAAUAAUGCAUAAACUAGUAACUUGCUCUAAGUUUCAGUUAAAAUAUAGUUAUUUUCAAAAUAGCAGUGUCCAGUUCCAAUCUACACAUGCCAGUCACAUGUUAGUGUGAUGGAAUACUCGUGGAUGAGCGCAGCCCCAACAACACUCAGGAAGUUGAACAUUCAAGUCAAAGCAGCCCACUUAGGACUCCAUCCACCACCUUUAACAUUCACUCCCUCCAC